AUGGUCAAGUCAUCCACUGUAAUCAUUACCCUGCUCGUGGCCAUGGUGGCAGCAGCACCUAUUCCCGUCAGUCUACCCUGUAUAUCAGAAGCAGCGGCUCGGUCCUUACUGAUAGUUCAAAACUGGCAGAUCGGGGCGAAGAACACUCCCUCUCACUUGAACAACAACAAGCCCCGGAUAGAGUCCCCCACGCUCAGCAAUCUCCUGCUGAAUCCAGAGAUUUUCAAAUCUUUCAAGUUUUCUGGUCUGGUUGAGCCUGUCGGAGACGCACUCGCUAACCCUCCAACACUUGCUCCCCUGCCGUCGUGA